CGUAGGGGGCGGGGCCGGGGUACGGAGGCCGGGAGGGCGGCGGCGGGCGGGGCCGCGGGCCGGGGCGCCAUGGGCAACCUGUUCGGCCGCAAGAAGCAGAGCCGGGUCACAGAGCAAGACAAGGCCGUCCUGCAACUGAAGCAGCAGCGGGAUAAGCUGAGGCAGUACCAGAAGAGGAUCACCCAACAGCUGGAGAGGGAGCGGGAGAUCGCCAGGCAGCUCCUGCGGGACGGGAGGAAGGAACGCGCCAAGCUGCUGCUCAAGAAGAAGCGGUACCAGGAGCAGCUUCUGGACAAGACGGAGAACCAGGUCGCCAGCCUGGAAACAAUGGUCCAGAACAUCGAGUUCGCCCAGAUUGAGGUGAAGGUGGUCGAAGGGCUGCAGAUCGGAAAUGAGUGUCUGAAGAAGGUGCACCAGGUGAUGUCCUUAGAAGAAGUCGAGCGGAUACUGGAGGAGACCCAGGAGGCCGUGGAGUACCAGCGGCAAAUAGAUGAGCUGCUGUCAGGAAGCUUCACUCAGGAGGAUGAAGACACCAUCCUGGAGGAGCUGAAUGCAAUCACCCAGGUGAGAGGACCCCCCACGCUGAGCACGAUCUCCCAGGUGAUAGAACACCCCAGGACUGAGCAUAAUCACCCAGGUGAGAGGAGCCCCGGGACUGAGCGCAGUCACUCAGGUGACAGGACCCCCAGGACUGAGCAUGAUCACUCAGGUGACAGGGCCCCCAGGACCGAGCACGAUCUCUCUGGUGACAGGACUCGCAGAAGACCUCUGCCCCGUGUGAUCGUUGGCCUUGGACGGGCACCUUUAUUGGGCUUCACAGGAGCACACAAUCCUGGCUUUGCAAGUGGUGUUCCCUCCUAAAAUAAGUCGAAUUUGUGUUAAACUGAGGUGGUUCUUAUCUGCCCGGUGACAGCAGGGAGAGCCCGGCCUGGAGAGAACAUUCCCCGGGUUGUCCCCCCGAGAGUGUUGCAGGCGGCUGAGCAGGCAGUGCCUGUAUGGCACCUCUCACCCGCCGUGGCCAGGUCCCUCCCUGCGGAGCCCCGGGCCCGCCUCCCUCUACCAGGCGGCCUUGCCACGCGCAGGCCCCGUGGUGUGUGCCUGCUCCCCGAUGGGGACGCCUCUGUCUCUGGGCCAUGGCUUCGGGACGGCCCUAGCCUGUGCCCACCAGCCUGCCACUCCCUGCACCUGCGGAACGAGUUAGCGUCUCUGCUCUCUGCCCUCUGGUGUCCCACGUGCACCUGCGUCCUGACGUCCUUCCUCCCGAGGACCCAGGUGCCCCCGAAGCAGCCAGGGAAGCCAGCUGGGAGGUGAACUGCCACGUGUUGUCCGAGAGGCAGCCCAGCGCCUCUGGGCCGGCCAUGCUGCCACAGAGCCGCCCCUUCCACCCGGGUGGGCACAGGGUUCAAAGCCCCCGGCCCUGCAUGGCCAGAGUGUGACCCGGGAUCUCUAGGGAAGCCCCAAGUGAGUCAAGUCUCGGAUGCCGGAGACCGAGGAGGAGGCGCUCUGGAACUUUGCACAGCGGGGCUCUUGUUUAGAUGGUCUCACCGCCUCUCCCUCUGCUUCUUGCAGGAGCAGCUAGACCUCCCCGAGGUUCCUUCAGAGCCUCUCCCCGAGAAGAAACCAG